AUGAACGUUACCCUCGAAUUCGACGAGCUCCUGCGGGAGCGCAAAGCCCCCCCAACAAGGAAAACCGUUUCCCUCGAAAAGAUUGACGGCUUCUUGAAGGAAGCUCUCCGGAUUAACUCCCACAUCACCAAACUACAUCAGAACCUCCAUACUGUACGGCGCGCAUAUCUGGCCAGAGCGCAACCUCGAAAAGGCAUCAGGCAUGGCCAGAAUCCCGAUGGUUACCCCUCAGUGAUGUCGGACCGGGACCGGGAAGCUGUGGACAAGGAUACCAAAGAAAUGCUACGGGAACUCAAUUGGAGCAUCGAGGCGCUCGACGGCGCAGAGAAAAUUCGAUAUGAAACCGAGACGAAUAGCAUCCAGAAGAAAUACGGCAGCAACCUCGGCGCGCUCGGGUCCUGGGCAUCUGGGGGCAUCGUCGGUGGCAAGAAGCCGGAACACCUGGAAGCUGAGUCCCGGGCCCAGGAGGUCCGGCAUCAUCGUGAGGGGGUCAUCUGGUAUCUACGACAGCAGUUGCAGCAGUGCAGCAACACCCAAAAAGUCAUGAUGGAAGUCCGGCUCACACGCGAGGUGGAAAUGAACCGGAGUCUUGCUUCUCAGGCGCCGUCGCUAGCCGACUUCGCCCAAUUCAGCGCCGGGAAGGCCUCCAACAAUUUAGGCGAAGCUGAGGGUGUGCACGACGAUCCAGCGACAGGUCUCAGCGCGGAACAGAUACAGAUGUUCGAGGAGGACAACCGGGAUAUGAUGCAGUACUUUGAGAGUAUGCAUGAGAAAGUACAGACUGCGCAAAGGUCGCUUGCCGAGAUAUCCAACCUUCAGUCGCAACUCAUUGAGCAUCUCGCAACGCAGACGGAGCAUAUCGACCAGCUGGUGGCAGACUCGUCCUUGACAACAGAGAAUGUCGAAGGUGGCAACAAGCAAUUGAAAAAAGCAACUCAGCGCCCGAGCGCAGCCCGGUUUACCUUCUAUGCAGCCAGUGGACUGUGCGCCUUCUUGGUUCUAUGGGAUCUGAUCAUAUAG